ACUGCUCCCCACUCCCUGUGUUAUUUCCAAUUAAAACAACAACAACAAAAUAAGAAAAUACUUGUUUUGAUCUGAGCAGCAUCUUCAAAGGCAGAUCAAUACUAGGGUUCAGCAACCUGAUGCACACAGUGGUCAAUGAUUAGCUGUCUCUUCAGUUUGUAUUUACUGAAUUACAUUAGUUUAUAAGUGCUGCGAAAGAAGAUCAUGAUGAGGUUGAUGGUAAUUGCAGUCAGCGUGCUGCAUUUAGCUUUCAGUAUUGACCUAAAAGCCUCCCAUGGAAGUUUUUCCACGCCUGGAUUUCCAAACCCCUAUCCCAAUAAUAUCAAGCGGAUCUGGAACAUUACAGUCCCGGUGGGGAACAGGAUUAAGCUUUACUUCACGCACUUCAAUCUAGAACUUUCUUACCUGUGUGAAUAUGACUACCUUCAGAUUAUUACAGGAGGGAACGAGACGGCACGGUUUUGUGGAGAGAAUGGUGUAGACACUGAGGAUGCACCCGGGGUUACUGCAAUCUACUCAACAGACAACACCAUGACAGUCGUUUUCAGAUCUGACUAUUCCAAUGAGAAGAGGUUUACCGGCUUUGCAGCUUUCUUUGCAGCUGAAGAUAUUGAUGAAUGUGCAAUUACAGAGGAUGGAGAGCCUAUCUGUGACCAUAAUUGCUACAAUUACAUGGGGGGCUAUUACUGCACCUGCAGAAAGGGGUACUCUCUCCAUUCCAACAAGAGGAUGUGCACAGUCAACUGCAGUGGACAGGUAUUCACCGAACGAUCUGGAGAGCUGAUGAGUCCAGAGUUCCCUUCACCCUACCCCAAGCUCUCCAGCUGUGACUACCACAUCAAGGUGGAGGAGGGCUUCAGCAUCAUACUGGAGUUCGAGCAUUCCUUCGAUGUAGAAACGCAUCCAGAUGUAAAAUGUCCUUACGACGUUUUGAAGAUUAAAACACAGAAAAAAGAGUAUGAGCCAUUGUGUGGAACAUCGCUGCCGUCGAAAAUGGAGACGGGAAGCUAUGAGGUGGAUAUUACUUUUAAAACAGACUCCUCAGGGACUAAUACUGGAUGGAAAAUCAAGUACACGACCACAGCGAUGCCUUGUCCUGAUCCUGUAGCGCCUCCCCAUGGUAAAAUCUCCCCGUCCAACACAAGAUUCAUCUUCAAAGAUCGCUUUAGGCUCACUUGUGAGAUCGGAUACCAGUUACUGCAGGGGAAAUUAGAACUGUCAUCCUACGAAGCAGUUUGCAAGAAAGAUGGAACCUGGGACAAACCGAUGGCCACAUGCAGCUUGGUCGACUGCACACGUCCGGAUAGCAUCUUCAAUGGCACAGUUGACUUCACCACCUCGACCUACCAGUCUGUUGCACGUUAUAGAUGUAACGGCCCUUUCUAUGUCAUGAAAGGGAAUGGAGAUGGAAAGUACACGUGUGCCCACGAUGGCUACUGGAGGGACUCAAAGGGAAGCAACGCCUUGCCGGAGUGUGAACCAUCUUGUGGGACUCCAACAGUUAGAACCCUGGGACGAAUUAUUGGGGGACAACAGGCGCUGGAGAAACAGCUCCCAUGGCAGGUCCUGCUGGAGGUGGGGGGAGAUUUUAAAGGAGGAGCCACACUCCUUUACGACAACUGGGUCCUGACUGCCGCGCACGUGCUACACAACCAUGGAGACACCGCCAACGUGAGGGUGAAAAUGGGGGUCAUUCACAGGGGGAACAGUAACGCUGUACUGGGUGCGUCCGAGAAAAUCUUCAUUCACAAAGACUACAAGAAUGACAAUAUCAACUUCGACAACGAUAUCGCGUUGAUCAAGCUGGAACACAGAGUGCCCAUCAGUGAAAAAAUCAUGCCGGUCUGCCUGCCUGGUAAAGAAGACAGGUUUGUUGUCAAACCUGAAGAGUAUGGCAUAGUGUCUGGAUGGGGUGUGACGCGAGCUUCAGGUUUAGGACAGGGUUCUCUUUCACUAAAGUAUGUGGACUUGCCAGUGGUUGACUUUGAAACAUGCAAAGCCGCCUAUGAAGGUAAAGUGUCAGACAAUGGGCAGCCUCUGAUUAUCACCGACAACAUGAUAUGUGCCGGAUUCAAGACAGGCAAAAAAGAUGCCUGCUCUGGGGACAGUGGUGGCCCUUUUGUUUUUUAUGACCAGGAAAGAAGCAACUGGUUCCUUGGAGGCAUAGUCUCCUGGGGAUUGGAGUGUGCAAAGGCUGGGCAGUAUGGGUUAUACACCAAAGUGACCAAUUACCUUCCAUGGAUAGAGGAUAUUAUUUCAAAGAACCGUUAAAUUUGAAUCAUCUUGUAUAUAGCACUAGUGUCAGAUAAUAGGAGCUAUAUGUCCAGAUCAGUUUUUAAUUUCGUGGGGAACAUUGAUCAAUGAAUGCAGUAAGUAAGACAUUAAUUGAAUUAGGCCCUGUAUCUAUAUUAUACAAUGGGUCUUUUCGCAAAACUUUACUUCGCGCUUCUUUUUAAGUCGAUUGUUAGGGAGCUGUAAAAGAGAAAUGCAAUUCAAUGAAACAGGAUUUAAUCUCUGAGUAAGGUGUACAUUAAAGUUUGAUGAAUAGGGUCCUGUACUACUGCUAAAGAGGACUCUGAUUCAUUUAAUGAUAAACAUUUUUAGCAAGACAGAAAAUGGCUUUUUCAUGCAUAUUUGGUAUAUAUCCUUUCCUGCAUGUUGUGCCCAGACCUGUCUUUCAACAGCUGAGAUAAGCUUCAGACUUAUUCCUCAAAGCCUCAUCCACAGCCAUGCUGUUACUGGCUCAUGCCUCACUGGUGUGAAAUAACCCAGACUGAUUUGCUCAAUACAACAAUUAGGCGAUGUAAUACCAAUGCUUUAUUACGCAUCAAAAUCAGCAUGCAAUACAGAAAAGGCACUUCAUGCAUAAUUACCAGUUUUGGGGGUGACACGGUGUGCAGUCCUCAUUUCUCCGGUCCAACAAAUAAACUCUAUACCAGCCUUUUUUAUACCCAACCUGUGGCACUCUGCUUGUAUCACAUAAUUCUUUGAUGAAUCUAAAAAAAAAAGCGUUAUAUGUUGCAGAAUGGUAAAUAGAAAGUGUCUGUUUUGACUCUUCAAAAAAUAGGGGUCUCCUGACCCUUGACGAAGGGGUUAAGCUCAUUCAUUUCGUUGGCUAAUAAAAAGGCUCUAUCCA